CAGAAAAGAAAGAAAAAUAAAAAGCCUCGGUCCCCCUGCGCUCUGCACCGCGGUCCCGGGAUUCUUGAGCUGUGCCCAGCUGACGAGCUUUUGAAGAUGGCACAAUAACUGCCCAGUGAUGCCUGACCAUGACAGCACAGCCCUCUUAAGCCGGCAGACCAAGAGGAGAAGAGUUGACAUUGGAGUGAAAAGGACGGUAGGGACAGCAUCUGCAUUUUUUGCUAAGGCAAGAGCCACGUUUUUUAGUGCCAUGAAUCCCCAAGGUUCCGAGCAGGAUGUUGAGUAUUCCGUGGUGCAGCAUGCAGAUGGGGAGAAGUCAAAUGUGCUCCGCAAGCUGCUGAAGAGGGCGAACUCGUAUGAAGAUGCCAUGAUGCCUUUUCCAGGAGCAACCAUAAUUUCCCAGCUGUUGAAAAAUAACAUGAACAAAAAUGGUGGCACGGAGCCCAGUUUCCAAGCCAGCGGUCUCUCUAGUACAGGCUCCGAAGUACAUCAGGAGGAUAUAUGCAGCAACUCUUCAAGAGACAGCCCCCCAGAGUGUCUUUCCCCUUUUGGCAGGCCUACUAUGAGCCAGUUUGAUAUGGAUCGCUUAUGUGAUGAGCACCUGAGAGCAAAGCGCGCCCGGGUUGAAAAUAUAAUUCGGGGUAUGAGCCAUUCCCCCAGUGUGGCAUUAAGGGGCAAUGAAAAUGAAAGAGAGAUGGCCCCGCAGUCUGUGAGUCCCCGAGAAAGUUACAGAGAAAACAAACGCAAGCAAAAGCUGCCCCAGCAGCAGCAACAGAGUUUCCAGCAGCUGGUUUCAGCCCGAAAAGAACAGAAGCGAGAGGAGCGCCGACAGCUGAAACAGCAGCUGGAAGACAUGCAGAAACAGCUGCGCCAGCUGCAGGAAAAGUUCUACCAAAUCUACGACAGCACUGAUUCUGAAAAUGAUGAAGAUGGUAACCUGUCUGAAGACAGCAUGCGCUCGGAGAUUCUGGAUGCCCGGGCCCAGGACUCCGGAGGGAGGUCAGACAAUGAGAUGUGCGAGCUGGACCCGGGGCAGUUCAUUGACCGAGCCCGGGCCCUGAUCAGGGAGCAGGAAAUGGCUGAAAACAAGCCCAAGCGAGAAGGCAACAAAGACAGAGACCACGGGCCAAACUCCUUACAACCAGAAGGCAAACAUUUGGCCGAGACCUUGAAACAGGAACUGAACUCUGCCAUGUCGCAAGUUGUGGACACUGUGGUCAAAGUCUUUUCGGCCAAACCCUCCCGCCAGGUUCCUCAGGUCUUCCCCCCUCUCCAGAUCCCCCAGGCCAGAUUCGCAGUCAACGGGGAAAACCACAAUUUCCACACCGCCAACCAGCGCCUGCAGUGCUUUGGCGACGUCAUCAUUCCGAACCCCCUGGACACCUUUGGCAACGUGCAGAUGCCCAGCUCCACAGACCAGACGGAGGCACUGCCCCUGGUUGUCCGCAAAAACUCAUCCGACCAGUCUGCCUCCGGCCCCGCCGCCGGCGGCCACCACCAGCCCCUGCACCAGUCGCCUCUCUCUGCCACCGCAGGCUUCACCACGUCCACCUUCCGCCACCCCUUCCCCCUGCCCUUGAUGGCCUACCCAUUUCAGAGUCCAUUAGGUGCUCCCUCUGGCUCCUUCUCGGGAAAGGACAGAGCGUCUCCGGAAUCCUUAGACUUGACUAGGGAGACGACGAGCCUGAGGACCAAGAUGUCAUCCCACCACCUGAGCCACCACCCUUGUUCACCAGCACACCCACCCAGCACCGCCGAAGGGCUCUCCUUGUCGCUCAUCAAGUCCGAGUGCGGCGAUCUUCAAGACAUGUCCGAAAUCUCACCUUAUUCGGGAAGUGCAAUGCAGGAAGGAUUGUCACCCAACCACUUGAAAAAAGCAAAGCUCAUGUUCUUUUAUACCCGUUAUCCCAGCUCCAACAUGCUGAAGACCUACUUCUCUGAUGUAAAGUUCAACAGAUGCAUUACCUCUCAGCUCAUCAAGUGGUUUAGCAAUUUCCGUGAGUUUUACUACAUUCAGAUGGAGAAGUACGCGCGUCAGGCCAUCAACGACGGAGUCACCAGUACUGAAGAGCUGUCUAUAACCAGAGACUGUGAGCUGUACAGGGCUCUGAACAUGCACUACAAUAAAGCAAAUGACUUUGAGGUUCCAGAGAGAUUCCUGGAAGUUGCGCAGAUCACAUUACGGGAGUUUUUCAAUGCCAUUAUUGCAGGCAAAGAUGUUGAUCCUUCCUGGAAGAAGGCCAUAUACAAGGUCAUCUGCAAGCUGGAUAGCGAAGUCCCUGAGAUUUUCAAAUCCCCGAACUGCCUACAAGAGCUGCUUCAUGAGUAGAAAUUUCAACAACUCUUUCCGAAUGUCUGAAUAGUAGCAGUCCCCUUUGGAUGUCCAAGUUAUACGUGUCUAGGUUUUGAUUUCCUAUGUAUGUGUCUGGGAGGCAUGGAUUUGUUAUGAAAUCAGCUGGUAAUUCCUCCUCCUCAUCUCUCUCUCACUUUUCUGUUGUUUUCCACUGCAAGGGGAGGGCUGUUUGCCUUCUGCCUUCAGUUUACUUUUGCCCAAGGCCCUUAACAUUUGGAGAUUUAAAAUAGGGUUAAUUUCUAGGGGAAAGAAGAGUGUUGACGCGCAUAAAGUCUGCACUAAGGAGCAAGGGCGUUGGUUAGAGAUGCUUCUGCUUGGCGGAUGCUGCAUUGCGAACGGCGGUUGGCGGAGGGAGACCCGUGACACAGCACGGCUCUGCUGACAGUGUUGUGUCUCUUGUUUUUUCUGCUAAGAAGGUCGGAAAACUCAGUGAAACCACUUCAUGAACUUAAAUUUCUUGUUUGGUUUGAACUCAGUCAGUAGCUUCUGAUGACAUGUGAAAAAAAUAGUAUCAAUGGCAGAUGUGCGGCUCACUUCUCAAAAGUAUUGCAAAAGGCCAAACUUAGAAAAGAAAAUCACUAACUGUCAAGCCUUUUCCUAAGAGAAACGGCAAGCACCCGGCACUAGUACGUUUCUUAAGGAGGCCAAACAAUUUUGCACCAAACUGACUCUUUUAAGAUGAGCCUGGGAAUUCAGCCAGGAUCCUCUAGUCACCUCUCUAAAUUUUACCACAGGUUCUUCAGAGUAAGUGAGUCUGUAUCUUCAUAACAAAAAAGCCCUAUAACCUGUUAUCAUUUUCUGUUCAUCUUGCUUUUAGAUAUUAAAAGGCACAUAAGCUUCAAACUUACUCUUUGCUCAACUUUGUUUAUAUGCUUAAGAGAAUUAUUAUUUCUGUUUAAUAGUUAACACUUCCUCCCCCCCCCCC